AUGCUGUCCUCAGAAAAUAGAAAGCUCAUGGAUUCACUACGAACAAUUGAAGACGAAGCCAACAGAUCAAAAGACCAAAUUAAAUCAUCCAACGACCAAAUAUCUCAGCAGGCUCUAACAAUAUCUUCAUUAGAGAAAAGUAAGGAAGAACUUACAAGCAAAAUCACAGAGCUAGAAAAUACAAUAGCAAAGCAAACUAAGGAAAUCCAAACAAAAUCAAAGCAAAUCAGGCAUCAAGAGAAAGAUCUUUUGAAUUUUGUUAAGGAAUUUGACCAAACAAAACAACAGUUUUCUACAUUUAUUGAAAAAUACGAAAAGAUGAUUGAGAAAUUGGAAAAGUACAAAAAGUUGAAGCACAAGCUCGUGGAGAAAAUAUCGUUAUUAACAAAGGAGGUUGAUCGAUUGAAAGAUGAGAAUAAGUCGUUAAACAUGGACGAGCUACCGACUGCCACAGGGAAAAGAUCGUCAUCAGGUCGAGGGGAAACAAAAGAAUCUUCUUCUUGCGUGGAAUCCAGAUACCAUACUCCGAGUAGCUCUACCCAACAAACAUCUAAGAGAAGCUCGUCAGUUGGGAGACAAUCUACUCGCUCAUCUCCAACCACAAACUUAAACAGUGCGACACCCAAUGUAAUAACGAACAUGAGUAACAUGUCCUCACCCCAAACCAUGCCCUCCAGUAACAAAAAAUCGCCGGCACUUUCCCAUUCUUCUUCUAGCUCAGUAAAAACACCCAAGCAACCCGUGAAAGAGCCCUCUUUGAAAGAUGGCAGUACUCAAGCUGUAUUUGAGACAGAUGAAGAAACAGACGGUGAACCGCUUUCCCACUCUCAAGGUGUACCUUUCUUUAAGAACCCCACAUAUCUGAGGAAAAAGUUGAUAACCGAACGAAAACGAGUGGAGCUCAAAAACUUUGAAAUUGCUGGUUUAAAAGAGCUACUUGCAACAGCCAUCAAAACAUCGCACACAAAUAAAAACGAAAAUCAGUAG